GUAUUGCAGGUGUUCUAUGCUACAAUCAUGAGUUCUCCGCGAUUUCCUACUUAAUUGCGCUUGAGAUUGGUUCGCCGUGUAAAACGCAUCUACGGCUCGUCGCGAUGUCGCAUUCAAGUCGUGUAACCUUCGGCCCGAGUGGCAAACUGAAUCUGGAAAAUAUCUUGAACGUGGAACCUCUUUCGGACGUGACGAUCAUCUGUUCAGAAGGCGCUGAAAAAGUGCACGCACACUCGUCCGUCUUGUCCCAAGCCUCCAUUUUCCUCAAGGAUCUGUUGACGAACUCAACAUGUUGUUGCCAGUCGAAAGUCGUAUUCCUCCCGCAAUGGCACUCCCGUCAUCUGAUCCAUUUAUUGCAACUCGUCUAUCUCGGGGAAGUCGAGCUGUACUCCGCAAAGGAGCUGGAAGAGCUUUGCAAGCUCGGACGACUCCUUGGGAUAGAGAUCAAUCGAUGGAACCUAGAGGAGUACUCCGUGCCCGAAGUCACGAUCGAGUCCCCGCCGCAAACCCUGCCCGACACUGACCAGGAAGGUUUCCUGGACCUGUUCGACAAUCCUCCACCAUUUGCGGAUAUAGACCUACCUCCGAAAUCGUUCGUGAAAAACGAACCGCGUGACGAGUAUGAUGACGAUUGCGUGAUUGUGGGAGUAACUCCGUCGUCGAAACCAGCUAUCAACCCGAGCAAUAAUUCGUUACUACGGACUGUGAAACGCGAGUUGGAUGAAAAGCCGCUGCGUGUAGUGUCUUUACCGCGAAACAGCGGCCAUUCCGUGACGUCGGAUUACGCUUCGAUAAGCAAUUGUAGUCCGAAAUCGUUGGAAAGCGGGUACAGUAAAAGCAUCACUGGUAGUGGCUCUGUUUCUAAUACCCCGUCCCAUAACAUUCCUUCGGAAGAUGACGAGGACUUCGAAGACUUUUUAUCGAGUCGGCGUCAAUAUCAGGCCGAAAUAAGGAAGUUGAAUGGUGGAAUGAAGCGGGGUUUUCCGUGUUUCGAGCGGUCAAGUCCUGGCAACUCGGAUUCGCAGCUUGGGUUCGACCCGACAGAUGAGAGUGUUCCUCCUGUUCUACGAUAUUUUGAGGAUGAAGAGCGGAAAGCGGCCGUGCUGAAGGCCAUAUCCGAAAACCGUCACCCGGGUUUGGCGGGAAAGCUGCCGAAGAUGAACACUCACGACAUCGUCGACUCUGGCGUGGAAUUUGCAACCUGCGAAAUGUGUCGGAUUCGCGGGAAAGGCAUCCCGACGACGCACGUGUGUCGCGAAUGCGUCGUUCCUUUACACGAUUGCUGCUCUCGAAGCUACCACGACCACGUUGGCAUCCCGACUACUGGGACCUAGUGACCAGCCAGUCUGUGGGUUGUCAAUCGCGAAAACGACUCUUCUCUGUGUGUGUGUUUGGGUGUGGGAAUGGUGUGUCAUCUACCUGUAGGUCGUUUUUGCCGCUAAUCCUUCAUGUGAGUUGCUCUUUCAUAAGUUUCCCCCCCGAUACACGUGCUCUAGUUUUUGGAAUGCUUUGAAUUGACAUUUCGAGGAUAUUAUUUGUCUGUUAUUGUUCACUUUCCCACCGAGAAUUUCACCGAAACGGGAGUUUUUCCACGUUUAAUGGGCAAAAAGUUACAUUGUGUUUUUUUCUAGAAUUUAAUAAAAGUUAACGGAGCCAAAUCUAACUGUAGAACAUAUUUUUUUCUCCUCAUUUUCCACUUUUUGGCGUUGAUGCUUUGAAACAUCAAGUGAUCCCAUGGAAAAGUGUUGAGAUUUUUGGCAGAUUCUAUUUAUACUACUGAGUACAGUGGGUCCUUGAGCAACAAACAUCUCGCAUAACGAACCAAGAUUUGGAGACCAUUUUGCCAUAAGCAGCGAAUUUGACUGGAAGAAAAAAUUUGAAUUCAAAGAGGAAACGAGAAAAAGUUGUUCGCAGAUUUUGAAAAUUUUACAAUUUUAUGACGAUUCAUUCCCGAAUGAGAAACGGAAAUGAGGAUUAAGAGUGUAAUUCAUGGUCAAAUUAAAAAUCCUGAGAAAAUUUUGAUUUUCUUCGCGCUUCUAAGUGUGCGUGUUUUUAAUAAUGUACAAUUAAAGCUCAUUAGUUAUUAAUGUUUUCUGUGCAUUCGGUCUGUUUUUUUUUAAGCUCGUUUUCUUUGUUCUACUUGUAUAAUUUUCCUACUCGGGAACCAGUUGAACGAUUUUCCAGAGGUUACGAUGGGAAAUUGUGCCUUGCAUGAAGAACGCUUUGAACACUGAAGAAACCUCUGAAACUGAUCAGGUUUGUUGCUCAGGGCCCCACUGUAUAUUAAUCAAUUCCUGCUGGUAGAUGGCACAAAAUUACGGCACCUUGUGUGGUUUGUGUGUUCUUUUUCUGUUUUUUGAGUUUCGCGAAAAGGGACGUCGACAAUUUUUUUUUUUUUGACGAAUAAGAAAAAAUAUGACCGUUUCAGGAACUGCCCAGAUUACGCAAACGUGAGACCUCAUGGUUAUACGUAUGUCACCAACGUUGUGAUAAGUUUGAAAGAGAUUUUUUUCCUCGAGUUUUUGCUUUAAGGAAGAGGAGGAAUUUUAGGGUGUUUUUGGACUGCGUGAAGAGAGAAGAAACCAAUGUAUCCGAAAACGUGGACAAAGGAACAAAGAAAUGCGUUUUGAAACCUCUCCGAAGUGCCCGGAGGCUAGUCAAGCGGUCGACAACUCAUCAGUGUUUUUAACGUUUUAUUUCUAGUUGUGUAUAUUUAACAAAGAAGUUGGUUGAGUUUCUCAAUUUGUCGAAAGUGGGACGAAAACAUUUUGUUUUUUUUUUUUAGCUGCCUUUUCUGCUAGAGGAGGGAACCCUGAGUUUCAGAUUAAAUGCUGCACAAUUUAAUUGAAACUUGGUACAUUAAUUAUCUCGAAGAUUUAAAAAAUUAUAUUUCAAUGAUUCUUUCAACUUAUUUGCUCGAGAUGAUGCGGAGAACCGAAUUUUCUUCUUUUAUUUUAAUUGCACGACGAAAGGAUCCUGUGUGUCUUUCAGGAUAGCGGAUCUUUUACCAUUAAAUGAACCCUUUUUACAAAAAUAUUCUUAAGAUUAUGAAUUCACUCAAUUUUUGCCAAGUCUCUUGACUGUCCUAAGUUUGAGUAUCACUAUAAAUGUUGACGAAGUACAGUCUAGGAAUAAUUUCCGCAUUUAUAUUCGUGUGACCUGCUUUUAUUUUAAUCUCCUGUCAGUAAGUUGUCUUUGUUCCCGAAUUAUUGAACAUGGUUUGGAAAACGCGGGGUAAAAACAUUAAAUCUAUCGAAUUUAAAAUUAUUAAGUCGAAUAGGUUUAUUUGUGAGAGCUAAUUCUGCAGAAAAGGUAGAUUUUGCAGGCGUCUGCAAGAAAGAAAAUGAUUUUAAAUGUGUUAACUACAGUGGAAAGUUCUGAUGGUGUUGAUUAGAGUUCAAAUUGGCC